ACCCCAUAGUGGUCCCCACACAGCUUAGCGAAAAUCAAACAACCCAACUACUACUACUGCUUACCCGCCAUUUCUUUUCUAUUCAUUAACCAUGAAAAGUCCAAAUACCCAAUUUUCCGGUGGCCGGAGAUCUAGUUCCGGCGCCGUAUCUAUGUCUUCCAACUCCCUGGGUUCCCGUACAUCCGAUCGUCUUCCUCAUUCACCUAGUACAUCUACCUACUCCUCAACUACUACUACAAUUUCUCAAAAGUCAAAUUCCGGCAGGAAUCCGGUCAUAAUCGCCGUCAAAUCCAUUGCAGAAGCUUUUGCGUCCUGUUUCACUCCGCCGGAGCCUAAAUCUUCGAGUACUAAUUUUGGUGAUUCCGAUUCAUUUAAAGCUCCUUCAGUUGCAUCUGAUAGCGGAAGGAAGAAGAGACACAGUAGCAGUAGCAGUAGAGGUCGAAGCAUCUAUGGUAGUGAAAAUAAUUCAAUUCAUACAAAAGAGGCAGGGAGUAUUAAAUUCAACAUGGAAGAUAUUUAUAAGGCCACAAAGAACUUCUCCCCAAGCCUUAAAAUUGGUCAAGGAGGUUUCGGGAUAGUUUACAAGGGUUGCCUACCGGAUGGAACAGUUGUUGCAAUCAAACGUGCCAAAAAGAAUAUACAUGAUAAACACUCGGGAGCUGAAUUUCGAAGCGAGGUUCGAACUUUAGAAAAAAUAGAACAUCUAAAUUUAGUAAAGUUUUAUGGGUUCUUGGAGCAUGGAGAAGAAAAGAUUUUGGUUGUUGAGUAUGUCCCUAAUGGAACUCUUAGGGAACACUUGGAUAGUGAGUUCUUGAUCUUGCUUCUGAGUUUUCAUUUUCCAUCAAUGUUUGGCUCUGGCAUUCACAAUUGCGGCUUUCAAUGCUUAUCCAUAAUGCUUAUGUCAUUUAAUGAUGCAGGUGUCAGUGGAAAUGUUCUUGAUUUCGCGUCAAGACUAGACAUUGGAAUAGAUGUAGGACAUGCAAUUACAUAUUUGCAUAUGUAUACAGAUCACCCUAUUAUCCAUCGAGACAUCAAGUCUUCUAAUAUUCUCCUCACUGAAAACCUUCGAGCUAAGGUGGCCGAUUUUGGUUUUGCAAGGCUAGCAGCUGACACUGAGUCAGGAGCCACACAUGUUUCUACCCAAGUUAAAGGGACAGCAGGAUACUUAGACCCAGAAUACCUGAGUACCUAUCAACUUACUGAGAAGAGUGAUGUCUAUUCAUUUGGUGUUUUACUUGUGGAACUUGUUACUGGAAGGCGCCCAAUCGAGCCAAAAAAAGAAAUCAAAGAGCGCAUUACCGCAAGAUGGGCAAUGAAGAAGUUCACCAGUGGAGAUGCAAUCUUAACUUUGGAUCCAAGGUUAGAAAGAUCUGCUGCAAAUAGUUUGGCCAUGGAAAAAAUUUAUGAACUAGCUUUGCAAUGUUUGGCUCCUCAUCGACAGAACCGGCCUACCAUGAGAAAGUGUGCCGAGAUUCUAUGGAGUAUCCGCAAGAAUUACAGAGAACUAGCCGGCUGAUAUACCUGCUCUCUCUCGACUCAUGAGCACCCUAUUUUAAGAGUGAACAGAAUGUAUGUGUUUUUAUGUUGUAUGUACACAUAAAAGGUAAGUGGCAGGGAAUGUAUUUCUGAUGAUGAGAAAGAUAUCAAUCAAAAAAAGACAAGAUAGAUUUUGGUCUGAUGUGAUAGUUGCAUUGAUAUUGGAAUGUAUAGGGAGAAAUGAGUACAUUGUAAUUCAUGGAAAUCUGGGCUUUUGGCAAAGAAUUUUGAAGGGGCAACUGUCCAUAU